UGUAUGAAUCAUGUAUUUGUAGGUAUAUCUGCGCUUUAUAACCUCGCGUCAUCUUGCAAUGUCGCUGAGUGUCGCAGAUCCAGGCGAUAUUUAUACGGAUUUAUAGUUGCAGUCGACUUUAGUGAUACGGAGAGUCGAUCGUCGUGCGACGCAGUGCCAUCGUGAAGUAUCAUCGAACCGAGGAAAAAUGACUGAGGUGUAUAAUUUGGGCGUUGAUGCGGUCACUUGUCACGACUGGAAUGAAGGACAUAAUGGAAUUGCACUUUGUCCCAACAAUAAUGAACUUCAUGUUUAUAAGCAAGAGGCGUCGAAUUGGAAGCUCUCAGAAGUGCUGCAAGAGCACGACCAAAGGAUCAUGGGCAUCGACUGGGCACCAAAGACAAACAAAAUUGUAACCUGCGCUGCUGAUAAGACUGCUUACGUUUGGAGUCAGAACGAGGAGGGAAAGUGGACACCAGCCUGGGUACUGCUGAGGACGAAUCGAGCAGCCACCUGUGUCAAAUGGUCUCCCAAGGAGGACAAGCUGGCUGUUGGCUCUGGAGAUCGAAUUAUCUCUGUGUGUUACUUUGCUUCAGAGAACAAUUGGUGGGUGUCAAAACAUAUAAAGAAGCCUCUGCGAUCAACAGUGACCGCAAUAGACUGGCAUCCCAACAAUAUGAUCUUAGCUGCUGGAUCCACAGAUUAUAAAGUAAGAGUUUUCAGUGCAUUUGUCAAAGAAGUUGACAAAAACAAUAGUGAUAGUUCUUGGGGAAGUAGCUCCAACCUGGGAAACAUGUUUGUUGAUUUUUGUAAUUCUCCAAAUGGAGGUGGUUGGGUGCACGACGUAGCAUUCAGUCCCUGUGGUACCAAAGUCUGUUGGGUUGGACACAACUCUUCCAUCUGUGUCGCUGACUCCAUGCAAGGGAAUGCUGUCACCCGACUCUUGACGGAAUAUUUACCAUUCCUUAGAUGCGUUUGGCUUGAUUCUAACUACAUCAUCACUGCUGGCCACGACUGCAUGCCAAUGGUCUACAAAGUGGAUGAAUCUGGAAAAUUGAGUUUUGCAACUAAACUUGACAAUACGCAAAAGAAGGAGGCAGCUGGACUUACAGCGAUGAGGAAGUUCCAGUCGCUUGAUAGACAAGCCAGAACUGAAAUCAAUGAUAGUGCACUCGACAGCAUACAUCAAAAUACCAUCACCAGCAUUCGUAAAUUAUCAAAAUCAAGAUUUAGCACAAGCAGUCUUGAUGGUCUGUUAGUUGUUUGGGACAUCAAGAGUCCUGAGUUAAUGAUGAAUAACUUGAGGUUGAAUUAACUGAUUCUCUCUACUGCAAUCUACUACAGAACUAUCUCAUGGUAGAAUUAUUUAAUUAUUACAUAUGAAUAAUGAAAUGCAUUUACUUAAUUUAAUAAACGAGACGAUUAUUGUUUAAAAUUUUCAUUUUUUGUUAAAUUUCUCAACAAGAAAUAUUAACUCUCUAUCUAUUUUUUCUGUCUACAAACAAUUAUAUUUACAGUAUUCAAAUAUAUAUUAUUUUGCAAUUGUUACUAUGCGCUGUUCUUAUACUUUGUAUUAAUCUUUUGUAAAAAGGAUUUGUCGUGAAAAAUAAAUUAAAACUUUAAUAAUUA